CUCCCCAUUGCGCCGCUCGCCCAAGCGCAGCGCCGCGCCGCCGGAACCCCGGGAGCGCCCUCCUGCGGCCCCGCUCGCCCUCCUCCGUCAGCCGCUCGCCCUCCUCCGUCAGCCGCUCGCCCUCCUCCGGUCGCCGCUCGCGCCGCUCCCUCCUCACCGGCCGCCGCUCGCCCUCCCUCGGUCGCCGCUCCCGCUGCUCCCUCCUCACCGGCCGCCGCUCGCCCUUCUCCGACCGCCGCUCGCAGCGCAUCUAGGGGUAGUAUAGCUUGGAGUAGAGCACCCGCGAUGGAUGGAGACGACUUCGACGUUUGGGGUUCGCAGCCAUCGGCAAGCGGCCCUGCUACCCAUGCCGGUCUCGACCUCAACUCGCAAGCACCGGUGUCGGAGGGGUUCCCGGGGCUUGGGCUCUACGGAGCCUUCCUGCAGAGCGAUGAUGACGAGCUCCUCCCUAGGCGCGUCAGGGGCUCCGGGCUCCCUCCCUAUCGCCCACCCUACGCCCGGCGACUGAACUUCGGCGGCUCCUUAGCGGCGGCAGCUGGUCGCGGAGGAGGAAACGGUGGCGUGUUCCUUGGCGGGUCGUCGUCGGGGGCAGGCGACGGUGUUCGGCAGCGUGCCAACUCGGCCGCCGCGGCACCCAGCCGCCGUAACCAGCGCACCGGCACGGCGUUCAGUGGCAGCGACGUUCGGCAGCGCGCCAACUCGGCCGCCGCGGCACCCAGCCGCCGGGCACCGAGGAGUGCUGUCCGUGCGCAAGCAUCCGGCUCUGGCGCUCCCUUUGACAAUGGUGAUGAAGAAUUGGAGGAUGACGUGGAAGAGUUUGCGAGCUCCGGAGGUCCCUCGGUGAGCCAAAACAAUCGAGCCCAAUGGAAUGAUGCUAAUAGUGCUUGCUUGUUAGAAUUGUGCAUUGAGCAACGUGCAGCAGGAACGUAUAAUGGUGUAACAAUGACUGCUGAAGGGUACCAAGCUGUUAUGGACGGCUUACUUGCUAGAAGGGGGUUGGUGUAUUCCCGUGUGCAGGUGAAGAACCAGAUAGUCGUACUCAAAAACACCCACUCCUUUUGGCGAUACAUGCAAGUGCACACAGGGUUGGGGAGGAAACCAGAUGGAACCAUUGAUGCCGACUCUGAGUUCUGGAUAACACACACAGAGAAGAAACCAUACCUAAGGAAGUUGCAGUGGGGUCCUCCAGCAAACGAGGAGUUGCUUGAUCAACUGUUCAGAGGUUGCACCGUGGAUGGAAGCACAACCUUUGUGCCUGGAGAUGAUUAUGGUCAGACUCAAGGGCAAGAUGCAGGGGCAGAAGAGGAGUUUCAAGGAACACCUACAAGUACAAGCAACCAGAGGAGCCAGAGGGGCAAGAGGUCAUUAAGCACUUCAAGCACUUUGACUAGUCCAUUGAAGAAGAGCAAGAUCCCAAUGGUGAAAAUUGUCAAGGACAUAGCCAAUACCUGCAAGGAGUCUGUCGCAGCCAACACUAAGCAAAUGCAGAAACGUGCAAAUGAGAAGGCUGCAUUUUCUGUGAAGAGGUGUCAGGAGCUGGCAUUUGAGUGCGGUGUUCAGCAAACAAUUGACUCUGUCUAUGCUAUGUCCAAGAUGUUCAAAACGGAGUACCAAAGGGAGUUCUUUUGUGGCCAAUUAACUCCUGAGCUUAGGUUGGGUUACUUCAAGAAAUGGUGCAGAGACAACAAUUUGGAGUAGUUGGGAAGUGUGUGUUAAGAUGUUGAACCUAUUUAAAUUGUUGUAUAUUGAACCUGUCAUGUGUUUGUGAGGCGUUGAACUAUUAUUUGUGUUGAACCUAUUUUGUUUUAUCUGCGGG